AUGACUGGCCCCUGCGAAUCUGCAAACAGUGGCAGCUCGACCGACAAAGACGAAACCAUCCCUCUAACGAAAGCGUCAUUUGCACAAGAAAGAGAUAUCUCCAGUGCUGCGCGGCAGCCGACGCUGUCACUUGGUGCCUGCUGCUGGCGCCGUAUUAGCGGCUCCCUCGCCACUGGCGCCACAAAUUGGCCUCCUCCAGUUCUUGCUCCUCUUUCACCUCUCCCGCCGCCGCCGCCCCUCUCCCGUAAUAAGGUGGGCGGGGGCGGCGUGCGAACGCAAAUUACCUGCCGACUCGGCCCCUGCGUUCGCCCCCGCCACGCCGCCGUAAACACGCAAAAGAAAACGCCGCCGGCGCCCGCCUACCGCCGGUCUCAGGCUGAGAUAACCCGCGUGCCGACGUGGCCUGUUGCGUCACAGCGCGCUUGCCGGCGCCAAGAUUCCUACUCGCGGACGCCGGCAGACGGGCGCCCGCCUCCUCACCCAACCCCCAACUCACCGCUACUGGCCCGCUCGGCCGCCGCCGCCGCCUAUUUAUCACGGCCACACUCACCCCCUCCACCCCCACCAGUAGGGGUGGCUGACCUGGUGCGCGGUCGAGGACCUCGCCCUCACAAAGGGCCGCUCGGCACAGCCCCACAGCCCCACCCUACACCUGCUCUCCGCUGCCCAGAAUAG